AUGUCGUGCUCUGUUGCGGUAUCGAAUUCUCCUGUAUUUUCUCCAUCAUCAACUCUCUUCUGCAGCAAAACAGCGGUAUCAAUCCCUUCAUCACCAGCAGAAACAAUAGCACUAACACUGACCCAUUUAAAAUCAACAACGCAAUCUCCGUCUUCUUCCUCUGCUAAUUCUCGUUCUUCUCCUUCUUCGUCUCCUUGCUCCCCGUUUCGAUUUCGCCUUCAAAAACCAUUGACUGGGUUCAAUUCUUCUUCUUCUUUGGCUUCGGGUUCGGGGACGGCCCCGACGGUCUUGAAGAGGAAGAGGCCGACGAGGCUGGAUAUACCGGUGGUUAUGGGGUUUGGAGGAGGGCUAGCAACGCCCAGGGCGGUGGAGGAAGCGGAGUUGGAGAGAGAAGGGUAUGGCUAUUCGGUUUAUUGUAAGAGAGGCAGGAGAGAGGCUAUGGAGGAUCGGUUUUCUGCUAUCGUUGACCUCGAAGGAGAUGCCAAGCAGGCUUUCUUUGGUAUUUUUGAUGGACAUGGAGGUGCUAAAGCUGCAGAAUUUGCUGCAGGGAACUUAGAUAAGAAUAUUUUAGAUGAAGUUGUCAGGAAGGAUGAAAAAGAAAUUAAGGAUGCAGUUAAGCUUGGUUAUUUAAAUACUGAUGCUCAGUUUUUAAAAGAAAAUAUUAGGGGUGGCUCCUGCUGUGUGACAGCUUUGAUUAGGAAGGGAGACCUUAUUGUAUCCAAUGCUGGUGAUUGCCGUGCCGUUGUGAGUAGAGGAGGUGUUGCUGAGGCCCUCACAGCCGAUCACCGGCCUUCUAGGGAAGAUGAGAAGGACAGAAUUGAGUCCAUGGGUGGCUAUGUUGAUUUAAUCCAUGGAACUUGGAGAAUUCAGGGUUCCUUGGCUGUAUCCAGGGGAAUUGGAGACCCGCAUCUUAAACAGUGGGUGAUAGCUGAGCCUGACACAGAAAUUGUUAGAAUCAAGCCUGAACAUGAGUUCCUGAUCUUAGCUUCUGAUGGCUUAUGGGAUAAGGUUGGUAAUCAAGAAGCUGUUGAUAUUACUAGGCAUUUGUGCAUAGGAGUCAAAAACCCAGAACCAUUAUCUGCCUGUAAAAAGCUUGCUGAUCUCUCUGUUUCACGAGGCUCUUGUGAUGAUAUUAGUGUGAUGCUGAUCCAGUUGGGACGCUAUAUUCAGUGA